AUGCGACAACCAUCCAUGCCGAUUCGAUCGCCCUUCGAGUCGUCCAUCGCGAAGCCGGGCCAGGGCACCGUUGUCCUCUCCCUCCUCCCUCCCGCCAAUCCCACCCUCACGACCCUCACCUACAAAUACCCAUUGAAGUUGGUCCCACGGGCACCGGGCUUUGUUCCCAGCCCUGAGCCAUCUGCACUUUCAGAUUCAUGUCCCUCGCGACCCAUCCACCUCUACCUCCUCACGUAUGGCGGUGGGCUCCUACCAGGAGAUCAUAUCGAGGUGUCGAUCACACUCGAUGCCAAAACUAGAAUGGUGGUAACCACACCGCAAGGGAGCACGAAAAUCUUCAAGACCGACCCCAACAACAGUGACAAUAGCCCCAACGUCAUCAAGGGCCAUCGAAAACAAAUGCCCGUCAACGAACACCUCUCUGAUAUGAGCAAGCAGACCCUGGAUGUGCGAAUCGGCCGACAGGCAGCCCUUUGCUACCUGCCAGAUCCGUCAGUCCCUUUCCAGCAUAGUCGCUACUCUCAGGUACAAACCUUCACCGUCGACGCCACCGCCAAAGGUGACGAGCGCAGCAGCCUCUGUGUACUCGAUUGGGUGACCCAGGGCCGCACCUCCCGUGGUGAAGACUGGAACUUUCGGUUCUGGCGGGGUCGCAACGAAGUCUGGGCCACCGACGAGAAGACAGGCAAGAGCCGGCUCCUGCUGCGAGAUUCGGUGAUUCUGGACGAUGAAACCGAGGACAGCGAGGAUGAUGAUCUGGAUGAGGACCACCGUGGGACUGACAGCCACUCUGGCCGUGUCGACACCCCGCCGCCACAGGCCGGCCUGGCGCCCAUGAACGUCCUCCAAGAACGUACUCGACCGCAUGGCGUAGUGGGAACACUGAUCUUAUCCGGACCGGUAUUUGACAGCCUCGGCUCUUUCCUGAUCAACCAAUUUGCUUCCCAGCCACGCAUUGGUAGUCGAAAUUGGUCGGCAGCAACACCGUCCUCGGUACCGGAGCCGUCCCUUAGCACUAAGGGCAAUGUUACCUGGACCGCGGCGCGUGUGCGAGCCGGCUUCGUUCUGGUUAAGUUCGGUGCCAAGGACUUUGAGACAGCUAAGCACUGGCUGGGUGGCCUGCUCCGCGAAGAGGGGAGUGUGAUACGAGAAUUUGGCGAAGAAGCGCUCUUCUGCCUAUGA